AUGGGUAACCGAAUAGUCACCAAAUUUGGCAAAUCUAAAUCGCUAACUGAUGAAGAAAUCGUUGAAAUACAAAAGAUUUCAAAACUUAGUGCAGAGGAAAUCAGAGAAGAACAUAAAGGAUUUUUAAAAUUACAGCCAACAGGUAAAAUGACCAAGGAACAAUUCAUCCAUAUGUAUAAGUUGCUUGAUUUCGAUUACGAUAUGACUGAUAAAGUGGCUUGCGAAAAAGCAUUUGCUACAUUUGAUAAAAAUAAAAAUGGAACAAUCGAAUUCGACGAAUUUCUUUUGGCAAUGCACUUCCUACGGCCAAAUACCAUCGAAUCAAACGUUGAUAUUCUCUUUCGAGGGUUUGAUUUUUCUGGUGAUGGAUAUUUAGAUCAUGAGGAAGUAACUGCAAUCUUCGAUGGUGCCGUAGCUUUGAAUCUUGUAAAAGAUGCUGAUCCUGAUUAUGCCGAAAAAACUGCUUCCGAAGUAUUUGCAAUUUUGGGUCUCAGCGAUAACUCAAAAAUAAAUAAAGAACAACUUAUCAAAGGGUGA